AUGCCACAAUCCCGUGCUGUUGCCACUUUGUCAUCGAAGGAGACAGGUAAAAGUAUCCGAUGCCUCACUCACGUGGUAGGCCGGACGCCGGACCCCGACCCCCGACCCGACUACAUACUCUGCUGUCCCAAGAUUGGGAGGGAUUAUUUCCUGCUCACUUCCUUCAAGCCGCCAGAACCGCCUCCAACAACAGGAGGAGUCCAUCGACCCCCUCGCACUGAUUGA